CAAUCAAUUUGAGGGGACGAAGAAAAGUCAGAAAACCCGAUCAAACUUCCAAAUCCCGAGGAAAUGGGAGACGACAACGAGGAGGUGAAGAACAAAGCUCUCCAGAUAAUCACACAACACAGCCAGAACUUACCUUCUCUCGUCGUCUUCGAUCUCGACUACACUCUCUGGCCUUUCUACUGCGAAUUUGAAGAAGAUGACAUGCCAUAUCUGUACCCACAAGCCUUGCCCAUAUUGCAUGCUCUCAAAGAAAAGGGAGUAUCAAUGGCCGUGGCCUCAAGAUCCCCAACUCCCGAUGUAGCCAAAUCGUUCCUUCAAACUUUGGGCAUCAGCUCCUUCUUUGUGACCCAGGAGAUUUUCCCGAGCAGUACUCACAAAACAAAGCAUUUUCAGAAUAUUCAUGCAACAACGGGGGUGCCCUUUACCUCAAUGCUAUUCUUUGAUGAUGAGGAUAGGAAUAUUCAUGCGGUAUCGAAAAUGGGGGUGACAAGCAUUUUAGUUGGUAAUGGGGUGAACCUUGGAGCUUUGAGGCAGGGAUUGUCUGAGUUUUCAAGAAAGUCAGCUUCAUCUAGCAGGAGGGUUUAGGGAUAGUUUUUGGUAUCCCUGUAGUGCUCGGUGCCAUCUUUACUUCCUUCCAGUGUUGUCAAUUAAUACCAUGAGAUUGAUGUAUUAUUCAUAGCUUUGAAAGCAAAGUUCAUAUCAAUUCAUACCUUGAGAUUGACUGAGGUUGUGUAAGCAUCAUUUAUAGUACCUCAGAUACAUUCUCGUAAUUUUCAUUGGCUAUAUUGUAUCAAAAUCUUAAGCUGCAAAUUAUCCAUCUUUUAGAAUUUAAGACA